AAAAAUAACAACAAUGUCUUUCGUUGCCGAUUCCUCUUCACAUGAUAUUCAAUAUUACGAUGCUCAUAUCUUCACCACAGUAACUUCAACAGCUAGUGUAGUCGAUGAAUGGAUAGCCACCACAAUGCAUAUCUACAAGCGUAAACUCUGCAAGCUUCUUGUAGGUCUUGACACCGAAUGGUGUUUACCUACAGAAUCUAAUAGCCACCAAAAAGUCGCCAUUGUUCAACUCUGUGUUGGUAAAAGAUGUCUCAUAUUUCAAUUUUGUCACGCAGUGUCCAUUCCUUCGUCUUUUAGCAAUUUUCUUGGCAAUGAGAAAUUCACUUUUGUUGGUAAAGAAGUAGGAAACGAUGCGUACAAGCUUCAUGAAGAUUAUGGGAUUCAUGUUGCACGUACUAAGGAUGUGGGUUAUUGGGCUUCAAAAAAAUAUCACGAUAAAGAUAUUAGAAAGAUGGGAUUGAAAGCUUUAGCUAGAAAAUUCCUUCAAAAGUUUAUUCCAAAACCUAAGGAAAUUACAAUGAGUAAAUGGGAUGUGAAGGAACUUACAUUUGAACAAAUUGAGUAUGCAUGUUUGGAUGCUUACGUAUCAUUUGAAUUAGGGCUGUUCUUGAGUAAGCCUAGGGUUGAAUUUCAAUAUUUAGAAGAAUUGAAACCCAAGAAGAUUUUAUGUCCAUGCAAUUUUGAAAUCGACUCAGCUGAUUAUAAUGCAUAUGAAUUUCAAUCUGCGAGAGGAAGAAAGUUCUGGAGGGAAAAGGGAAGCAGAAGGUAUUAG